AUGGCUUUCGCCACUCGUUUCCUCUCCAGAUCCGCACGCCAGGUGUAUACCGGGCAAAGUGUUCUGCGAUCGGAGUAUGUUAUUCCAUCUCGUUCCUUUGCCAAAGGAGCUGGUAGUGCUCCCCCCGCCUUAAAGGGUGAUGAGAUGUUGAAGGGUAUUUUCCUUGAGGUUAAGAAGAAAUUUGAGACAGCCAUAGGGAUUCUCCGGAAUGAGAAGAUCACCAUAGAUCCUGAUGACCCUGCUGCUGUGGCUGAAUAUGCCAGAGUCAUGAAGACUGUAAGAGAAAAGGCUGAUCUUUUCUCCGAGUCACAGAGGAUAAAAUACACUAUUGAAACAAGAACACAAGAUAUUCCUGAUGCUCGAUCCUAUCUACUGGCACUGAAGGAUAUAAGGGUCAAGAGAGGCCUUGUCGAUGAACUAGGCGCAGAGGCUAUGAUGAUGGAUGCACUGGAAAAAGUUGAGAAAGAAUUGAAGAAGCCACUUAUGAGAAAUGACAAAAAGGGAAUGGCUCUCCUGAAGGCAGAGUUUGAUAAGAUCAACCAGAAGCUUGGCAUUCGUAGAGAAGAUCUGCCAAAGUAUGAAGAACAGUUGGAACUUAAAAUUGCCAAGGCCCAACUGGAGGAGCUGAAGAAGGAUGCUGUAGAAGCAAUGGAGACUCAGAAGAAACGGGAAGAGUUCAAGGAUGAAGAAAUGCCUGAUGUGAAGUCAUUAGACAUCCGAAACUUCAUCUAAGAAUGAAAUUUGCAUCUCUCUUGAUGUACUUCUCUUCCACCUUUUUCUUUAUGUGCUCUUUGGAAAUCUCCUUGGAGAGGAGAUAUUUUGCUUGCUGACAGAUGGGAAGAGUAACAAAGACAUAAGAAGGCUUGGCCUUUGAUUAAUAAUAAUAGCAUGUCAGAAAUUUGCUCAGACAUACACUUGAAACGUGGUUUAUCCCUUCUCAUGCUCACUUUUCUUGUUUGAUGCAUUUUUCUGUCUUGAUACAAGCACCAAUUACGCUGUGUAUUUAAGCUCAAUUUCUACUUUGCUCAGUGGUUUGUGUCUAUAUUUGCAUAUCUGAAGGCUGAAGCCCUCUUCCGUUUAGCUUCAUUCAAUUGUACGUCUUUUAAUGAAUAAUCCGCUGGCUGGCUGCCUUCUUUCUA